AUGGCGAACCGUAAUACCGACGUAGAAUCUGUAAUUUUUGGCGAGCUUUCGUCAAAGAAAACAAAACAAAAAAGAAACACCUGGACGUUCGAUGAAACUGUCCGAUUGAUUGCAGUGGUAGGAUCCACCGAUGUCCAGGAAAAGUUGGACGGACUUGUCCACAAAGACGUGGCAGGAGCGUUGGAGUCCAGGCACUCGGCCGAAAAGUGCCAUGAUAAAUGGAACUGCCUCAAGAGGAAGUACCGAGAGGUCAAGAAAAAAAAUAACAAGAGUGGACGGGGGAGACACACAUUUAUUUUCUUGAACGAAAUGGAUGACAUUUUGGGUCAUCGUCCCAUGAUGGACAAGGCAAACCAUGACCACCUGGACAGCGCCAGCCUCGCUGCAGCAGUUGCACCCAUGGAUUCAGACAGCGAUAGAGACAUCAUCAGUGAUAUCGAUGAAGCCUCUCCAGAAGAACUGGGAAGCGAAUCCACACUGACAGUGUCCACAAAUUCUUCUUUUGAUGGAAAUAACGACACGACGGAUGAAGUCCAGAGACCAUCACAACCGCCAGCACCUGCUUCCCAGAAAGCCAAAAAGAAAAGUCCCUAUGGAAAAGGAAAAAUAAAUCGUAGUGCGAGUGGUGCGCUCGAAAAUGCCAUGUCGUCCCUACAUGAGCUGUAUGACAGAAUGGAAACAAGAGAUGAGAAGAAUCUUCAGAAGAUAGAGGAAAGAGAGGAGCAAAGACGAAGAGAAGAUAUUGAUGUACAGGAGAAGCGAGAUCGAUGGGAACAUAAACAGGAGGAAAGACGAAUCAAGGAGCAUCGGGAAUUUAUGAUGCAGAUGAUACAGAUGAUGCGUCAACCUGUGUACCCACCAAAUUACCAAUCUCCUGAUAACUGGAGUGGCCCAUCGUUCACUAUCCUGUGA